AUGGCAGGUGGAUAUCAUGAGUUCGACUGCAGUCCCGAAAAAAUUAACCAGUUUCCAACUUUUCGUUUCAUCCAUUGGGAUCUAAUUGACAUAUUUGUUUACUUCAGUCACCAUUUUGUUACCAUUCCCCCUGUUUCUUGGGUAAAACUUGCUCACCUAAAUGGUGUUCGCAUAUAUGGCACCCUAAUAAUCGAGCACGACAAAAAAACUGCUUGUCCUGUUUUUGAGUCGAUUUUUGGUUCUACUGCGAAAGAUCCUGGUGCCAAUUACCCGGCCGUGCUCGCGCACAAGUUAAACCUUCUACGGCGUCAUUAUGGGGCAAUAAAUUCUAACGAAUCGAUGAGAAUUUUCGUUGGCAUUGAUUGCUUUGGUCGAGGCUGUCCGGGCGGAGGGGGCUUCAACACAAAGGAAGCUCUAGAGCUCGUGGUUAAAGCUUCAGAAUCCUUCUCAAGCCGUCCUUUGUCCGUGGCUUUGUUUGCCCCAGCCUGGUCCUUCGAAAAGCGGGAGGAGUUGCUCCAUCUAGUCGACUGUACACCUGUCUCCGACGAUGCUUGUGCCUUAGCCAGUGCUGUGUACCGCCUCGAUCGUCGGUUUUGGCGCCCUUUGACUCCUUUGCUAUCCCGAUUGCGAGCUGUUGGGUCACAAAGUCGUCACUUAUACCGUCCUUCGUGUCCAUGGCGUGGCAGCAUCACUACGAAUUUCUCAUUAGGUAUGGGGUUGUUUGAUACAAAUGGGGUCCGCUUAAAGCCAUGGAGUCAGUUGGCUGGGCAAGAGGUUUUACCUACGUGCCGUGCUAUUUCAGCGACACAGGGUAAAGACGAACAAGCAGGUUUUGAUGUCGAGGUAAUUCCGGAAUUUGUCGAAUACUACUUACCCGGUAAUAGCCUACGUCUCAGUAUCUCUCGGAUUGAUGCAGACACUAAGAACUUGUUUCUCGAACUCUUCGUUUUUCCCAACCUAUCACUUUCUUCCGUCGCAAACCUGACAAUUAUUUUGAAGUUUGAAAGUGAAAAAGGCCCGGUGAAAGUAUUCGCGGACAUUUGUAUAGUAUCGUGGGAGUCUGUUUAUGUUGCAGAGGAAUAUUCAGUAACCGGCAGAAAAUACAUUAACUGCUCAGGUGAGACCGAACUUGGAUUUACCUUCAGUUUGUUGCUUUUUUACUUAUCUCAAUUUUGUUCUUAUGCAAAAUAG